AUUACAAACUCCGACUCAGUAGGGGGCGGUAAUGUGCACAUUUGCUGCUCGCAACAACCCAAGAAGAAGUAGAAAACAUGGCGGCCUCCCUGUCCAACCUGACCCGGUUCGUGUUCCGCCUGUCCUCUACAGUUUGUUCUCCCUUACGGCAGGUCCAGAGGCUCCCUGUUCGUCGUUUGGGUCCAGGUCGGUGUUUGUGCGUAGCAGCCUCAUUAAAGGAGGAGCAGGCAGUUCGGGCUCUGGAGGCCCGCCACCGCUACAAGGAAAAACCCUGGGAAUAUCUGGAAAGUGAAGAGUACUUGGAGCGGUAUGGAAAUGGGCCGGUGUGGGCCGGGUACCGGAGGAACCACAAAGGAGGCAUUCCACCCCAAAAGACUCGCCGGACCUGCAUUAGAGGAGAUAAGGUCUGCGGGAACCCCUGUCCGGUGUGCCGGGAUUCGAACCUCAUUGUCCAUCCACAGAACGUGAAGCUGCUGCAGCAGUUCAUGAGCCCUCACACGGGGGCGGUGUAUGACCCCACCAGGACGGGUGUGUGCAUGAAGCAGCAGAAGAAGCUGAACGAGGCCAUCAACACAGCUCAGGACCAAGGAACGCUGCCUUUCCAGAUCCCACAUGUGGAGUUCUCAGGAGAUGAUUACUCAAACUCCCAUGAUGCAGUUGGCUUCACACCACCCCCACCCUGUCUGAACUCUGGUGAAACUUGGUACAAGUGGUAUGGCGAGAUGACACCUGACGCCGGCGAAGUGGCUAAAGUCAGGAAACUGUACAAAGCAUACCUGAAGAGCUGAGAAGCUCCGCCUUCAUGUUACACACAAAAUACAAUAAAGAUUGUGGUCAAAGCGUUUA